AUUAACUUAAUUGAAAAAUUUUUUAAAAAAUGACAAAAUCAGCUUCAAUAGUAGAUAAUUAAAUAAAAAAAAAUAAUAUAUUCUAUAAAUAAAUAAAUAAAUAAUGAGUACAUUAUUAUUGACUAGAACAAUGGAAACAAAAGUAACAAGUAAAACAAGUAGUUUAAAAGCUCUUUUAUUACGUGCAUGGCGUGAACGUUGGAGUGAUUUACAAUGGGGAAUAAAUAUUAAAACAAUAUUACCAAGAGGUGUAUCAGGUGAUGUUUAUAUGCUUGCUGAGUGUAUACUUGAACAAGCACUCGUUGGACCUGGACCAAAUCAUUUAAUUUUAUCAUAUUUAAAACAUUCAUUAAGUUCACAAUUAAUAUCAUAUGCAGCAGUACUACAACGUAUUAGUAAAUUUGAUGGAUUUCAAAAAUCCCAUUGUAUUAUUUAUCUUCUUGAAUUUCUUGAAACAAUACAAGUUGGUAUAACAUGUCGUGGUAAACCAGAAGAAGAUUUAUUAGCAGCAGCAGUAUUAUCAAUUGUACACUGGUUAUUACAAUGUUAUCAUUAUAAUUUAAUUAAUUUAUCACAAAAUACAUUGUUAAUUGGACAAACAUGUGUCAAUGAUUUAAUUGAAAAACCAGCUAAAAUAUUAAAACAAAUGAUGAGCUCUGAUUUUUUAUGUGCAAUGAUGUAUCUUGCAAAACAUGAUGAUAAAAAACUUUAUUUAUCAAUUAUUGAUAAAUGUCAAGAAAUUGAAUUAUAUCAUAAAAUAAAUGGACCAAAAUUAUCACCAAUUGAUGAGUCAUUAAAAAAAAUUAAAAAUUUAGAUAUUGAUACAAUAUUUAAUAAUAUAAAUAAUAAUGAAAUGGAAACAAUAACAUAUUGUAUACAGCCAUUACUUGCUGUACAAGUAUUAUUAAAUCCAAGUACUGAGGCAGAUGUAUAUGCUAAUCAAUUUUUAAUGAUAAAAAGAUUAAAAAAUUAUACAAAUUCACGUUUAUAUACUGAAAUAAUGCGUGCAUGUUUAUUAUCAUUGUAUAAUUCAAGUGGUACAUUUAAAGAAUCACAAUGGGGUGCAAUUGUAUUUUUAAAAGUACCACCAAUAUUAAAAGAAUUACAUUUACAAACAUUAAAUAAUCAAGAUAGUGAUGGUGGUGCUACUUCAUCUUCUACUUCAUCAUCAAGUGCUUCUAAUGCUACAGCUACUAAUUCUGUUGCUGUUGCUGGGACUGGUACUGGUACUGGUACUACGAUUACGACUACGACAAAUGAUGAAAAAAUAAUUUAUCCACGUGAGCUAGUUGAUGCAUUUGAAUCAUUAUUAGCUUUAAAACCAUUACUUGAUACUGUUGAUUCAACAUGUUUAUGUAAUUGUGUUGAGGGUUUAUUAACUGAAUUACGUAGAGUUGAUCUUAUUGCUGAAGAUUUUACAAAAGAAUUAAGUAGUAGACGUGAUGAUGCUAUGAAAGGUUUUCAAGAUGCUGAUUUAUUAAAAUCACAAUCAUCAAUAAUGAAAGUAAUAAUACGUGCUGAGCCAACACUUGCUGGUAUAUUAAAAACAUUAAGUGCUGAAUAUAUUAAAAUACAAGAGGCAUUAUUGAGUAUGCUUUGUCAAGUAUUAAAUGGUAAAAGUUUAGAUUUAAUGCUUGCUGCAGCAACUGGACAACAUCCAGGUAAAUUAAAAAUAUUUGUAUCAAAAUUAAUAAAAUUUAAUGAAUGUUCAAAACAAGUUAGUGAACCAAUACCAGGUAAAACAGCAGCAACAAGAGCAAUGUUAUUUGAUAUAUCAUUUUUAAUAUUAUGUUCAAUUGUACAAACAUAUGGUUCAGAUACUGUACUUGAUGAUGAUGGUGAUUCAUUUUUUGAACAAUGGGUACGUGAAUGUUUACCAGAAAAAAAUAAACCAAAAUCACCACAACAAAUGUUACAAAAUAUUGAUCAAACAAAAGUUGAUAGUUUACUUGGACAAAUAAUAUCACCAGAGCCAGAUAUUAAAUCAUCAACAGUUAAUUGGCAUAUAGCAUGUCAAAGUACAAUGGGUGUUGUUAAAGAAUUAUUAUUUGCAUGGGAAAGUGGUGUACUUGGUGCUGGUGAUGUUAAAAAAUCACUUGAUGGUUUACGUCAAGCAGCAUGUUGUUUACCUGUGUGUGCAACAGCAUGGUUAUGCUCACACAUGAGUAUAACACAUCAAGAUGCAUUAUUAAAACCAAUAAAUAUGAUACAACAAUUAAUAACACCAUUAACAAAUGAAGAAAUACAAGAUAAUAAUUUUAAACAAGAUACAUCAAAUUUAAUGUUUCAAAUAAUACGUAAAAUGCAACAUGAUGUACAAAUACGUACACCAUCAUCAUUAGGUUUAUCAAAUAAUAUUGUAUCAAAACAACCAAUACUUGAACAAUUACAAACAAUAUGGGAUGAUAUUAAACAACGUGGUUGGGUUACAAUACAAUCAACACAAACACUUGAAUCAUUAUUAAAUACUGGUGGUACAUUAUGGUUUGUAUCAAAUAUUGUUAAACAAAUAUUUCAAUAUAAAUGCCAUGAAGAACUUGGACGUGCUAUUGAUAUUGCAUUUUCAUUAUUUCAUCUUGAUAUUGAAAAUUGUACACUUGAUUUAAUUAACAAUGUCAUACAAAAAUAUUUAUAUAAUAAAUUACAAGGUGAAGAAUUAGUUGAACCACAAUCAUCACAACUUGCUAAAUUAUGUGUUUAUUGUAUAUUAUCAACACUUGAAUAUCAUAAUAUUAAUCCAGUAAGACAUAAAAAUAGAAAAAGAACAAGACGUGAUUUGGAAAAUGAAGAAAUUGAAAAUUUAUGUGGUCCAGCAAAUAAAUUAUUACGACUCAAUGAUACUGGUGAUUCACAUCAAAUGUUUGGUAGUUCAUCACCACAUUCAUCACAAGGACCAACUAAUGGACAUAAUAAAUCAAUUGUCCUGAGAGAUCCAUUAUUAACUGCUGUUAAUAAAUUAUUAAAAUCAUUUAAUUAUCUUGCUGGUAGAGAUGGUGAAGUAUCACGACAAACACAUUUUAUACUACAAUUUUUAACAAUAAUGGUACAAUGUGGUAAAGAUAGAACACGUGUUAUUCUUCAAGGAAUUCCUCAGACUUUGAUUCCAUGUUUGAUAAAAUCACUACCAGAAUUAUUUACAAGUGAUCUUAUUUUACGUUUAUAUGAUAUACAAACAACUCAGGGAAGAAAAGCAAUGGCAAGAGAUCUCUGUAUGUUGAGAAACAUAAGUCUAAAACCAUCAAAUUAAUCAAUUUAUUUAUAAAAAAAAUUGUCAUCCUUUUUUUUUUUUUUUUUGUAUAAAAGAAAUAAUCUAACAUAAUUUUUUGAUAUUAAAAUUUAAUUAUACAUGUGUAAUUAAAUAAUAAUCAUAAUAACAUUAAUAAAUAAAAAUUUAUUAUUAUUAA